AUGACAAUAAGUAGUUUAUUAUCACCAAAGAAAUUAUUAAAUAAAGAUAAAACAUCAAAUUCAUUUGCUACCAAAAAGCAAGGUCAAUUUUUUACAACCGAUAUUAAGAAUAAUAAAGAAUUGCCACAACCACCAUUACAACAAAAUGAAUUACAACCACAUCAACAAGUAAAUAAUAAUUCAUCACAUAAUGUUUCAUCUUCAAAUAUAGCAUCUUCAAAUUCAAAUUCAAAUUACACAUCAUUAGCACCACCACCAGUAGAUCAACCAGUAAAUUUACAACCACAAUCACAACCACAACAAAAUUUUAAUCAACAAUUAGAUUCUGCUUUUUCACCAAAUAUACUGCCACAACCAUUACCAUUAAAUAGAGCUAGAUCUCCCCUUGCACAACCACCAACAACUUCAUUUGAUGAUUCAAAUUAUGGAUUUAAACAACAAUCUUCAAUACAACAAAAUCAAUUUAAAAAUUCACCAUUAUAUUUUUUAUCUCAAAGUGAUAAUAGUAGUUCAAGUGCAGAUUCAACAACAAAUAAUAAUAGUAGUAAUAUUGGUAACCACAAUAAUUUUAAUAAUUUUAACAAUUCCAAAAAUUUCAACUUACCUAAAUUAAAUUCAAGUGUUUCUGAAGUUUCUUCAGUAAAUGAUCAAUAUUCAUUACAAUCUCCUAAAUUAAGACAACAAGCUCGUCAAUCAGAUGUAUUUUCAGAUAAUGGAAGUUUUACAACAAAUAAUACUCCUAAACGAACUUUAAGUGAUAGAGCUAAAAAGACACCAUCAUCAUUUGUACGUCAAUCUCGUUUAUUUUCAAAUGAUUUAAGUGAUAUUGAUUCUCAAUCUUUAAAUUCUUUAAAUGGUAAAUCAUUAUUAUUACAAAAUAAAAUUCAAACUGAAAAUUUAAGUCCUGAAUUUCAUCCUAUAGUUACUUUAUUAAAUGCUCAAAAAUUAAGAACUUAUUGUAUUGGUUCUUUUCAAAUUUUAGGGUUUUGGAAUUUAGAAAAAGUAUUUUUUGAAGUUGAUUCAAAAUUAACUGGUAAUGAAUUAGCUAUAUGGAGACCAUCAAAUGAUGAAUAUAUAAUAGAUAAUGGUCAUGAUGAAUUUAAACCAAAAUAUAUAAAUUUAAUUGAUUCAAAUUUUGAAAUCUUGGGUGAUUUACAAAUUAAAAUUUAUCAAGAUUAUAGAGAUGAUUCAAAUAUUAUUAUUAGAUUUCAUAAUAAUAAUGAUUUUUAUAAAUGGGUUAGUGGUAUAAUAUUAAGUAAAUUUGAAUAUAUUAAAUUAAAUGAAGCUUUUACUGCUGUUUUAUUAAGUUCAAAAGGUUCAAAAUUAUCAGAUAUUCAUGUUUUAUUAAGUCAUAAAAAAAGAUUUAUUGAAUAUGAAUGGUGUAAUAUAAGAUUACCUGAAAUUUCAUCAAAAUGGUUAAAAAUUUAUAUGGUUAUAUUACCAAGUGAUAAACAUCAUUUAGGUAGAAUUGAAAUUUAUCCAAGUGAUAAAAAAAUGCAAAAAAAACAUUUAAUUGCUUAUAUUAGUGAUUUAUCAAGUUUAUUUAAUGUUUAUCCAGAACAAUCAAAUAUGAUUGAUUUUAAUUCAAUAAUGAGUGCUUCGGGUAAUAUUCAUAUAAAUAGAAAUUAUGAAUAUUUAUUUCCUUAUAGUAAUCCAGAACAAAAUUCAACAGAUCCAAGAAAAUUAAUUGCUAAAAAUCAUCAUUCAUCAUCAGUUUCUCGUUCAGGUUCAAAUAAUUCAUUAUCAUCACUAGCAAACAAUUUACAACCACCUUCAACUCCUAUGUCAAGAUCAAGAUCAGGUUCAUUAAAUUCUACAAAUUCAUUUUUUAAUCAUUCACCAUCAAAUACAAAUUUAAAUAAUCUUACAAGAAAUAGAUCAAUAUCAAAUGUUUCUGAUUCUGAGAACAAGAAGUUUUAUAAAAAAUCACAAACUGAAUUUGAUUUAAACAAGACAAAUUCAAAUUUUUUUAAAAAACAUGCAGAAGAAUUUGUAUCAACUAAUAUAAUGUAUAUAAUGCCAAUACCACACCCGGGAGUAAGUGCAGUUGAAACAAUGGUUCGUAAUUUUAUUCCAAUUAUAGAUUCAUUUAAAUUAUAUGGUAGACCAAAACAUUUAUUAAGUGAUAAAACUAAUCCAAAUUCAAUGUUAUUUGGUUUACCAAGUUUACCACAUUAUCAAUAUUUAUCAACAAAUGAUUCAUUUGAUUCUUUUAAAUCUUACUUUAAUGACCACCAAAACCACCAAAAUUUAUCAAUUUUUGAAAUGGAAAAUAUUUUAAAAUCUAAAAUUAUUAAUUUACAACAAAGAAAUAAUAAACCUUUUAAAGGUCAUGGAGAUAUUAAUAAAUUAUAUGAUAAUUUAGAUUUAAGUUUUGAUGAAAUUCAUUCACCUGUUUUAAAUGGUAUUGAUGUUGAUGGUAAUAAUAAUGGUAUUUCAAAUAUUACUAAUAACAAUAAUAAUAAUAGUCCUAAUAAUUUACCGAGUUUAGGUGAUCCAAUUAAUUUAAAUUCUCCAAGAAUUGCUAGUCCUUUAAGUGUUUAA